ACAGUCCUUGACAAACAAAAAGUGUAACCGCCCUCUUCAGUCAUCGCCUGUUCCUUUCUUUUCCGUUCUCAACACACACAUUUCGCUUCAAUUUCUGAUUUACUCGAUUUUCUCCCUUUUCCUCAACGCGAAUUCUCCGAUGACCGGCGGCGAGAAUCACCACCGGACGGAGAAUUGAAAAAACGAGCUGUAUCCUCCUAUUAUCACCUCCUCUCCGGCAGCCAUGUCCGGGGACAGCGACGUUACGCUGCAGACGUUCCGAGCGCUGGUGGAGAGCGCUGACCGGAAGUUCGCCAAGGUUCGCGACGUACCGGCGUACGGCCGCGUGAGCCAGAACCACUUCUUCCACAAGGUCUUCAAAGCCUACACGCGCCUCUGGAAGUUUCAGCAGGAGAAUCGCGCGAAGCUGAUGCGGUGCGGUCUCAAACGCUGGGAAAUCGGCGAGAUCGCGAGCCGAAUCGGCCAGUUCUACUUCGGCCAGUACAUGAGGACUAGCGAUAGCAGGUUCCUCGUUGAAGCCUACGUCUUCUACGAAGCUAUACUCAGCAGAAGGUACUUCGAAGGAUCCGAAGCUUCAGCCAAAGAUCUGGUAGUUCGCUCCAAGGAGUUGCGAUUCUACGCGAGGUUUUUGCUGGUUUCGUUGAUUUUGAACCGCGCCGAGAUGGUCAACCACCUCAGGGACCGCUUUGUAGCGUUGGUUGAUGAUUGCAAGAGUAACUUCCGGGAAACUAACUUUAAAGAAUGGAAGCAAGUGGUGCAAGAAAUUGUCCGCUUCACGAAAGUAGACAAGGGCUUUGGCCUCAGGCCUUUGCGUUAUUGUGCCACAUUUGAUUCUCAUAAGGCUUCUUUUCCUUAUGUGGCUCGUUUUCAUGCAAAGAGAGUUUUGAAAUUUCAUGAUGCAUUGUUGACAAGCUAUCAUCGAAAUGAGGUAAAAUUUGCUGAGCUUACAUUGGACAUCUAUAGAAUGAUACAGUGUUUAGAAUGGGAGCCUAGCGGUUCGUUCUACCAAAAGCAUACGGCUAAACCUCAUGAAAAUGGUGACUCAAUUGAUCAUUCAGCAACUUCUGCGAUAAUAGAUAUGAAUCUUGCUGCAGAUAUGACAGAUCCAACUAUACCUCCUAAUCCUAGAAAGGCUACCUUGUAUCGUCCAUCUGUGACACAUGUGAUAGCUGUUAUGGCAACAAUUUGUGAGGAACUGCCACCAGACAGUGUUGUGCUAGUAUAUCUUUCAGCCUCAGGGAAGGCUGGUCUCAAUAAUGUCUCUCAGAUGGAAAGUUCUGAAGGGUCAUCCAAAUCAAGACACAAAGUCUUUUCUCAGUCUUCCCAACAAAUGAAUUCUGGAACUACUGAAUCUCAAAAUAAUGGCCAGAGGGAAAUGAUCUGUCAUGACAGUUGUCUGUGGUUUGGUCCCAAAGGAAAUAGUGGUUUGAAUAACCUCUACCCUGGUGAUCUUAUUCCCUUCACUCGGAAACCUCUUUUCUUGAUUAUUGAUAGUGAUAACAGCCAUGCAUUCAAGGUUUUACAUGGUGCUGAAAGAGGAGAGGCGGCUGCUCUAUUUCUUUCACCUUUAAAGCCAAUUUUUAAGAACCUGUCUGAUGUAAAUUCACAUAAUGGAAGCCAAUUUACUUUUUUCUUGACUGCUCCUUUAUCAGCAUUUUGCCAAAUGAUUGGUCUAUACCCCAGUGAGGCUGAUAUAGAUGUCUACGAGGAAGCUGAGAACAUAAUCUCAAAUGCUUUCACUGAGUGGGAAACAAUUCUUUGCUCAUCAACUAUCAUGGAUUUAGUAUGGGCACAAGUUAUACCUGAUCCAUUUUUAAGGCGGCUUAUUCUAAGAUUCAUAUUCUGCCGAUCCGUGAUAUCUUUUUUCUGCCCACCUGAGGAAAGUGAAUUGUAUGUGCCGCUUUGCUUACCCCAUUUACCCACUUCAGUUGCACCGAAGGCUGAGGCUGUGCGUUCUGCGGUCGUGCAACUUGCCAUGCACUUUGAUGUCGCUGAUUCUUUUCACUUUACAGAUACAUAAGAUUUGGAGUUAAAAUGUAACAAGUAAAAUCUUAGAUUAAAAUCCAUACUUCAGAAGCAAAGGAUUUUGUGACCAAAAGAAUAUAGAAGGUAAGUAUGCGUUGACCUUUCGGGCGACAUGACAAGAGUAGUGGUGGGGCUUGGCCUGUCAUGUGGAAGUCGCAAAUUAUUGGCGGUGGUUGCCUCUGGCUGUUGUGUUGCUUAAUUUGACCCCACCUGCUCCAUUGAUCAAUAUGCUGUAUUUGGUGGUUUGCUCUUUACUGUUUAGGUCAUGGUGGGUGCCUGGUGACUUUUAAUGUGUUUGGGCGUGGUAAGAUAAUUGUUAGUUCAAAAGUAGUUGUAUUUGUUCAUACUUCAUAGUUAUGAAAAAGAACAAACAAGUAAUCGUUGUUAAUUUUUUUUUACCUUUUUAGCAGAAUUGGAGGGUGUUGAGACAUAGAUUGAGGAGGAUGUAUUAUGGGAAGAAAGGUAGGAAGAAAGUAAACUUACCCUGUAUAUUCAAUUUAAGAGUUUUGUCAUAUUUAGAUGUAGAAACCUCGGAUGGAAUGUGCUACCUUUAUUAUGAUAAUAAUUCAGUCAUUAUUUCGUUUCUUUA